AUGGCACCUUUUUCGUUGUUCAAGUUGUCUCCAGACCAUUUGGCUUUGUGCUUGCAAAAAUGCCUGAAAGCGAAGGCUCUGAGACAAGGAAAGCAAGUUCAUGCAGUGUUGUUAACAAGUCGGGUUGACAUGAACUUGUUAUCUUUGAGCUCAAAGCUUGUUGGGACGUAUGCUAGUUGUGGGGAUACGGGUUCUGCAAAGCUUGUGUUUGAUAAAAUUCCCAAGCCAAAUGUUUUUGCAUUAAAUUGGAUGGUGUUGGCCUCUGCCUUUAAUGGGCAUUAUGAUGAAGCAAUUGGGUACUUUUAUUUGAUGCAAGAAUUGGGAGUUAUUGGCAAUAAGUUCACGUUUCCAGUCAUGCUUAAAGUCUGUGUUGGCUUGAUGGAUUUGAAUAAGGGAAAAGAAGUUCAUGCUGCGGUAAAUAAACUUGGUUUUGCAAAGGAUGUCUCUUUGGCAAAUGCCUUGAUAGAUAUGUAUUGUAAAUGUGGAAGUGUAUGUCAUGCUCACCGUGUGUUUGACAGAAUGCUCAACAGAGAUGUUGCUUCUUGGACAUCAAUGAUAUGCGGGUAUUUUAAUGUAGCAAAGACUGAUCAAGCCCUUCUUUUGUUCGAGAGGAUGAAGUUGGAUGAAUUGGAACCAAAUUAUUUCACAUGGAAUGCAAUGAUAGCUGGGUUUGCUCGGUGUGGAGAUACAGAGCGAGCAUAUGCACUUCUCUCUAGAAUGACUGAAGGAGGACUGGUUCCAGAUUUGGUUACUUGGAAUGCAAUAAUUUCUGGUUUUUCCCAAAGCCAGCAUGCUGGUGAAGCAUUUAAACUGUUCCGUGUCAUGUUGCUGUCUGGAACUAAACCGAACCUUGUGACAAUCACAGGGUUGCUCCCAGCUUGUGGGUUGAUUGGUUCAAUUCAAAGAGGGAGAGAAAUUCAUGGAUUGAUCUAUAGGAGAGGCUUUGACAUAAAUGUCUUUGUUGCUAGUGCUCUUAUUGAUAUGUACUCAAAAUGUGGCAGUGUGAAAAAAGCUCGAAGUGUAUUUGACCGGAUUCCUGUAAACCACGUUGCAUCAUGGAACGCAUUGAUUGGAUGUUAUGGCAAGUAUGGUAUGGUUGAUUCCUCCAUAGAGCUUUUUGAAAGAAUGCAAGAGGGAGGAGUGCAGGCAAAUGAAGUGACUUUGACAUGUGUACUUUCUGCAUGCAGCCAUAGUGGUUAUGUGGAAAAAGGCUUAAAGAUUUUCAGGUCCAUGAAAGGGAGUCAUGGAGUUGAGGCAAGUAAAGAACAUUACGCUUGUGUUGUUGAUCUCUUGUGCCGGUCAGGGAAGAUGGUAGAAGCUUACGAAUUGAUCAGGGAAAUCCCUGUUGAGGUCACUGAAUCCAUUGUUGGCGCCUUUUCAAUGGGUGUAAAGUCCAUGGAAGAAGAGAUCUUGCAAAGAUGA